AUAAUUUAUUUAUUCAGUUACCAGACAAGCGAACAGAAGCAAAAGUUUGUCGAUGCAUUAUUUGUCAUUCUCGGCAGCAAACCCACUAUUCACGCUCAUAUCGAAAGCGUGAAAGCACUUCCGGAUAAUUUCACAGAGAUUUGUGUUUACGUGACUGAGAAGUUUCGCGGACGCAUUUCUAGUAAAGAAUUGGCUCAAUACUUCAAUCAAGCUACACAGAAGCAGCAGUUGGAAACUCAACUGAAGGUUGAUAAAGAAAAAAUAAUCUCUCGGGUUCAUAUGGAUAAACAGCAAAAAGAGCUCUAUCUAAAAGAUCCUCCAACCGGAUUCGAUGCAUCAUUAUGGGCACAAGCUGUGCGAGAGAAUCCAGACCCUGAAAGAUUACUUCCGUAUCCAAUCCGCGGCUUCGAGCAGCUGAGAAUGAGACAGAAGGCACAGAUUGAGAAU